AUGAACAAUCUUGGCGUAAUUAUGGCUAUGUUAUUGGCCGUUCUUGUCCUCACUGCGACCGAAAUCUAGUUUCUUUACCUUUCAGAGUCAUCGGAGAUAGCCAAGGGGGAUGAUGUCACAAUCUCAUUUAGAUGCAAAACAAAUACACAAUGUUUAACGAACAUCGCGUGUGAGGCUUGUGUUGAUUGUCGAUGUGAUAAAGGAUUAUGUAGAUGCCAUAGUUUUGGUGGAGAAACUACCAGUCCAACCGCUUAA